AAAGUCCGUAGAGACAGCUACCUUGUCUCCUCAAACACUCUUUACCUCCAAUCCAUUCAACAACUCCGGCAUUCUCCUGCCGCAGCAACCACCCAUGGAGGAAGACUCUUCGGCUGCGCCGCCCACUCUUACCCGCCAAGAUUUCGGAAAGAUGGAAUACGGAUGCGAUCAUUAUCGGAGACGAUGCAAGAUUCGUGCCCCUUGCUGCGACCAGAUUUUCCCCUGCCGCCACUGCCACAACGAAGCCGCGAGCUCCCUAAGCAACCCGAAAGACCGCCAUGAGCUUGUCAGGCACGAUGUCAAGCAGGUUGUAUGCUCAGUCUGCAACACCGAGCAACAGGUUGCUCAGCUUUGUUCCAACUGCGGUGUCAACAUGGGGGAAUACUAUUGCGACAUCUGCAAGUUCUUCGAUGACGAUACUCACAAGGGACAAUUUCAUUGCAACGAGUGCGGAAUUUGUAGAGUUGGUGGUAGCGAGAAUUUCUUCCAUUGUCAGAAGUGUGGUUCUUGCUAUGCAGUGGCUCUGCGUGAUAACCACUUAUGUGUAGAAGACUCAAUGAAGAAUCACUGCCCUGUUUGCUAUGAGUAUCUUUUUGACUCGGUUAAAGUCACAAAUAUUAUGAAGUGUGGACACACAAUGCAUUCAGAUUGCUUCAUUGAGAUGCAAAACCAAAAUCAAUAUCGCUGUCCCAUUUGCUCCAAGGCAGUGCUCGACAUGGGUAAUACGUGGAACUUGUUGGAUGCAGAAAUUGAAGCCACUGCCAUGCCUGAGGAAUACCAAUAUGAGGUAUCAAUUCUUUGCAACGACUGCAACACAACUAGCAAAGCCCCCUUUCACAUAUUUGGACACAAGUGCGGCAACUGCAAUUCAUACAACACCAGAGUAAUAGAUAGACCUACAAAUCAUCAAUGACAUUCCGUUGAUUAGAAGGGUUAAUGAAUAUGCGAAGGCUAUGCAGUGCAGAUUAGACUCUUUUGGCUAUGCUUUCAUCGGUUUGGACCAGAAUUGUCCUAUCGUGCCUCUGCCGCGUGUACACCAUGUGCGUGAAAGAAUCUACAGCUGCUGUAAUUGACUAGGUUCCGUUGGUUCAUCCAAUUAAUAUCAAAUCAUUGAGUAAUCGAAGCGAUAGGAGAACUUGAAUAGCUUCAAUGGAGUUAUUUUUUCGUGAAAUCUCUGUGGUAAUUGCCAGUGAGCAAUUUGUCAUGCCUGCCUCAUGAUUAUAAGACGCUAUUUCUUACUUAUAUUAUAAGACGCUGUAAUGGUAGUUUUUCAAAUCGAACAACCUAAAUUGUAACA